CCUCAAUCUUUCUCAAAACACCGUUACAUUUAGUCUUACACAUACUACACAAUCAUGACACCACAGCCUGAAAAAAGACCAAAGAUUAGUUACAAGUCUGAGAACCCAUCCUUUACUUCCUACGAGAAGACUCGUCUUCUGGAGGAGACAGAUGAAAAGGAUUUGCACUAUACAUUCCUUUACUGGGACAUCGCAUCUGUUGGGUCCACAUCAAGAGAUAUCCUUUAUUAUGGUAAAGCCAACUUCACUCUUCAGUCCCCUUCAGAAGAUGAAUGGAAUUCAGGCAAAGUCUAUACUGCUUUCUCUUUCUUGCCUAUGCUGAAGAUCACGGCUCCAAAUGGGAAGACUCUUGACUUAUCGGAAUCUAUGGUUAUUGACGUGUUUUUGGCAGAGAGGUUUGGCCUCCUUGGCGAGAACAAAUGGGAAUCUUUGACGAUCCAGUCGUUCUAUUCAAGCAUCCACUAUUUGCGGGAGCGUACUUUCUCUGAAGUUGCUGAUGUCCCCAAAGAACAUCGCAAGCGCACUCGUGACACCUUUCUGUCGUACACUUUGAAGCGAUUCCUUGAGGAUCACGAGUUCCAUUUAAAAGAGAACGGAAACAAUGGUCAUUAUGUUGGUGACAAACUCUCGCUUGCGGAUCUCCAUCUAGCUAACAUCAUCCACUUUUAUACGACCCUUCCUUGGGGUCAGAUGGCUAUUGAUGUCUUCAAAAACUACGAAGCUGUUUGGAAGGUCAAGGAGACUGUUGACAAGGUCGAGGAGCUGAAAGCUUGGUAUUCCUCAGAUAAAUUCAAACAUUAUGAGCAAGGCUCCAUUAAAUGGUACGAACGUCUAGUGGUUCCUGGUGAGGAGAAGUCAAAGGAAGAGUAGAAGGGAAAAUAUGCAUCGUGAACUAGGCUCAAGUUUUUUUCUUUCCUUGUAGCACUCUCGAUGUAAACAUGCACCUCGAUUGACAUUCGAUUCAACUUGUUUAUUUAUUUAUUUUUUAUAUACAAAUGUUCAUACAAUAAAUAUUAAAGUAAGUCUAUGGGC